AAUUAUUGGUUGAGAAAGGUCCAAGGAGGCAGGCGUCCAACCAUAUAGCUGAUCCAUCUAACCUUACUAAUUACUGUCGACUAGUUAAUGAAGAAAAUCAAGAAACCUGCGUUUCACUAAUUAGAUGGAAGAGCAGUCGUCCUCAAGAAGUUACAACAGUUUACAGCUCCUCCGGGAGCUGGAAACAUUAAGUGCGUCCCUCUAUCCAUUUCAUCACGAUCACGCCGCCGCUGCAGCUUCCACCACCCGCGGCAAGAAUGAGGAGGAGGCAGGGGAGGGGGUCGGGGUCCGCCGUAAACGGAUUAGUUUUAGAGACAUGACGUCCCGCUUGCGGCGCCGUGAUGAGGAGGGCAGAGGAGGAGGGGGCUGGAAGCUGCCCGUGCGGCGGGCAAUGUCCCGGAUCCUCCGUAAUCCGCCGCACAAGCUAAGCUGCCUGUUCUGUGUCGAAGUGGCGGCGGUUCGAGGCCUUCCUACGUCAAUGGACGGUCAACGCCUCGCAGUUUGUGUCCGGAAAAAAGAGACUGCGCGGAUGACGGCGCGGACGGUCCCGUCCACAGUUUCAAAUGGAUCCGCUGACUUUGGGGAGACUCUAUUCGUGAUGUGCCACGUGUACUUCAGUGGCGGACGCGGCGGGACCCGCCUCACAUUUGAGCCCCGCCCCUUUCUCAUAAGUGUAUUCGCGGCUUCGUCCUUAGCAGAAACAGGGGAUGCCGGCGGCGGCCGGAAGCUGCAGCUUGAGCUUGGAAGAAGCUCUGUCGAUUUAAGCCAAUUGAUACAGGAAUCAAUAGACAAGAGCUUUCAAGGUAUACGUGUACGACAGUGGGAUAUGAGCAUUAACAUGUCAUCCCAAAAAGCUUUGGGUGGAAAGCUUUUUCUGAAACUAUGGUUUCAAAUAAUGGAAAAAGAUGAUGGAGGAAGAAGCAUUGAAAUUUACACUACUAGCGAAGGCGCACGGUUAGCGGCAGAUAUGUGGAUGAUAGCGAAGAAGGGAGAAUAUGAGUUUGCCAGGAGACAGUCUAAAGACUGCUUUAGUGUCUCAAGUAAUGGCAGCGGGGGAGCACUGCCUUCUAAGAAGUUAUUAAUGUUGGAUAACAAUGUGGAGAUCAGAAUGUUGGAUGAACUGAACCAAAGUGAUGACAAUGAUGUAAGUGAAAGUGGUGAUGAAAAAGGGGUAGAGGAUGGUGAUGACAUGUUUGUUGAGUUUGAUGUGGUGGACAAGGGAGUUGAGCAACAACACCAGGCCCCCGUCGAUGAAUGGGCUUCGUCAUCGAUGAUCCUUUCGAAUGAACAUCAUGAGCUCUUUCAUCGUCUCACUAGCUGCUACAGAGUGAAAGUGCUUGAUUCUAUUUCUCAGCGAAUCGCAUCCCUCGAGUCUAUCUUCUCAUCAUCAUACACUGAUAGCAUGUCAGAAGGAGGACUAGGCAGUGGAGAAGAAGAAGAGGAAGAAGAAGAAGAAAAAGAGGAAGAAGAAUCUGUUACAAGAGAAUUUAUUCAAAUGCUUGACUCCAUUGCUCAACCAAUCAAAGCCUUUGAAUCCAUCUUCUCAUCAUCACACACUCAUGAUAACCCGCCUGAGGAAGGAGGAGUGGACAGUAGAGAAGAGGAGGAAAUUGUCACAAGAGAAUUUAUUAAAAUGCUUGAAGAGGAAGACGAGAAAGAGAAGGAUUUAGUUCAUAAUAAUGAUGCAUCAGAACGACUACAUAUCUUGGUACCACCUGAUCUUGGGGAGGGGUUGGGUUGCGUUGUUCAAACAAGGAAAGGGGGCUACCUUGCAUCUAUGGAUCCUCUCAAGUAUGUUUCGAGUUCCAUCAAAAAGAUGUCGAAUGUUGGAGCGGCGAUAACAGAAGCCCCAAUACUCUCAAUGCAGCUAUCACAACCACUUGUCCUUCUUCCUUCUCCCACAACAAUGGAGGGGAUUCAGUUUUUCCGAAGGCUGGCGGCUUCUAGACUAGAAGACAUCAGCUCUCACGUUUUACAUUUCAUGCCUAUGGAUGAUCUCCAAGGGAAGACAGCAGAGCAGAUCGCUUUUGAAGGCAUUGCUGCCCAAAUCAAUAGUCCUGCCCGGAUAAGGAACCCGGAGGACAAGGAGGGCCCCACCGCCACUACAUCAAAUGCAUUCUCUUUUCCGCAGAUCCGCCGCACAUUUGGUGCAGUCAUGGCAAACACAAGAAACAGAGGUGCACAGAACGUGGGGGAGGAGGAGGAUGACCGUUUGACAGUGGAAGAGCUGUUAGCAUUCGCAGUCCAGAAUGUUGAUAAAAUUACAGUUGACGCCCUCAAAAUUCAAGCAGGCGUUGAUGAAGAAACUGCAGCAACGCUUGAUGAUGUUUCACCACAAUCGUCUAGCAAUACUCAAAAGUAUUUAGAAGAAGAAGAAGAAAACUUGUUCCCACUCGAGCGUGCGGUUCCACUGCCUGAAUGGCUAUUAAGAGAUGAUGGUGGUGGUGGUGGUGGUGGUGAUGAGAGUAUAGUGAUAUGUGUGGUUGUGCAACUGCGGGACCCGUUGAGGCAGUAUGAGAGCGUCGGAGGUCCGAUGAUUGUACUUAUUCAAGCUGAUUGCUGCAUGAAACCGCCGCCUCAUAAUAAUAAUAUUAAGUAUGAUGAUGAAGAGAAGAGAUAUAUAGUACGUGGGGUGAACAUCGGGGGUAUAAAAGUGAGAGGCGGCGGCAGCGGGGACGGUGGCCGGAAGGGAAAUGUGUGGGACACCGAGAAACAAAGGGUCACUGCCACACAUUGGUUGAUAGAAUAUGGACUGCUUGGGAAGCCAAAAAAUCCAAAUGUCAUCAAGAGUAGUGCCAAGGAGGAUUUUUUGUGGAGUUUUUCCUCACUCAAACUAUUAAGAAAUCCAAAUGUCAAGCUCGCUUGCUCACAAUAUUAAAAGAAGAUGAUGGAAAGCAAGAGCUUCAUCGGGCAAGGCAAUGAGACAUGCACAACCAAGACGGCGCAAUGAUGGAUUACGUAAUUAUAAUUUCUUGUUUAACCAACUUUCUUAUAACAUUAACAAUUAUAGCAUUAUUAAUAACAAUUCAAUUUGUACAUACUUUCUUAUACUAUUUUUAUAUACACACUUCUGCGGGGAGACUAUUAUUAAACGUGGGCAUAAGAUGUGUAUACGAAAGUAUGUACAAUAAGUGGUGUAUAAGGCGAUUAACUACAUCUCAAGAUCAAAUUAAUCUUGUAUAGUAGAGAGUUAUAUAAAAAUAUAUUACCUUCGUC